AUGGGAGAUACUGCUACAUCAAGAUACAAGUAUUACGAUAGCAUAGAAUUGCCAGCUGUAUAUCAAGAUAUUGAGUACUAUGAUGAUAAACCAUUCAUCGAAGUCAAAAAACUGGAAAACGAUCCGGUGUUUGUAGAUGAGUGUGUUGCAUUGGAUUGGGAAAUUAAGACACCGUACAGAAAGAUAAUUUCGAAGAUUUGA